AAUUAUGAAUUCUAACCUCAUAUUUUAUAUAUUUAUAUAUUUAUAAACAACAGGGAGUUAAAAUGUCACAGACAAAUAAAAAAGAUUCAAAAAAAGACGAUAAAAAAAAUGAUCCCCCGAUAAUUGUCAAAAGUGCCUUAGAUCUCCAGAGAUUAAAACUACAAAAAUUAAUGAGCAAUCCUGACAAAGAAAUUCAAUUACCCGAGAGGCCAAAAAUAAAAAAUGUACCCGGGGUACCGGAGUUUGUACGAAACGUCAUGGGAAGUAGCGCUGGAGCAGGAAGUGGUGAAUUUCAUGUUUACAGACAUCUUAGACGGAAAGAAUAUGCGAGACAAAAAUUUAUUCAGGAAAAAAGUAAUAUUGAACUAUUAAAUUUGGAGUAUCAAAGUAAACUAGAAGAAAAUAAAUUAAAAGCCGAGCAAGCGACAGCUAAAAAAAGACAAAAAAGAUUGAAAAGAAAAUUAAAAAUGAAGGAAACAAAAUCGAAGAAAAUGAAUAUUGAAGAUAAAAAUAGUAAAAGUGAUAAUAGAAAUAAUAAUGAUGAUAACAAAACUAGUAGUGAUGAUAACGAUGAUGAUGACGAUAAUUCUAAGAUUGAUUAAUAAAAAAUUAAAUUUUAAAAUAAAAUUUAUUUUUUAAUUUCUACGCCACAAGAUAAAAUUUAAUGACUUUAUUUUUUUAU